AUGCCACUCUGGCUCAUCUUCCACCCCGAUGGGACAUUCGAGGAUGAUAUAUCCAAAGAAGCUCUCGCAGCGGACAUUACCAAGAUAUACACCUCCGUCGGUCUUCCCGCCUUCUACGUCGUCACCAACUUCAUCAAAAUGCCCGGCAACACCAUGUUAGUUGGCGGCAAGAAACUCGACAAGGAAGACAAGCCCUUCAUUCGAAUCGCUAUUGAACAUAUCGCGGUGAGAUUGCCAGAUGAAGACAAUGUUUACCGAGAGACUGCAAACGCUGUAGACGCAACUCUCAAGCCCCAUAUUGCCGACAAGGGUUACAAUUUGGAAUUCCAUAUUGAUGAGACGGAAAGGAGGCUAUGGAAGAUCAAUGGUUUGUUUCCACCGACGUUCAAGAGCGAGGAAGAGAAGACCUGGGCUAGGGAGAACAGAGCUGUGGAUUUUGGAGGCGCCGCAUCGUUGUAG